UCUGAAGCUCUAAACAUCCCAAACUGCUGCAGUGGAGCCAGCAUCACUCGCUGCUGGAAACCAACACUACUGACAUCAAGGAGCGCCGGAACCAAACACCAAGCUCUGAAAACCAUGUCCCAAAGCUGGAAGAAGAAAACACACCUGAAAGAAAAGCUGACUGAACUGGAAAGAAGAAGAGGAGCUGGAAGCUGAAAGUCCAGAAAUAGAGGAGAAAGACAGCGAGCAGAUGGUCCAGAAGCUCUGUCUUCAUGUUCCUGCUCCUGUUUCUGCACCUUUUCAAAGUCAAAGUCCAGACAACUCUUUGAUAUCAACUACAUUUCAGAUUUAAACUCAUUUCUGGUUUGAUGCUUCCCAUCAGCCCCUGCUGCAUUAACAGAGUUCCAUAUAACAAGGUUCAAGUUAGGAGGAGUUUAAAUUUCUCCAGCAAAUCAAUCCAGAGCUGAUUACUGUGAGCUGAGUCACAACUAACAGACUUAAAGCCUCCUCUUCUCUUCAUUGGAGGUUUUUAUUUCUUUACUUCAUAUUCUCCACCAUUCUACAGUGGAUGUUCAGCAGACAAUGGAUAUAUCUGAGACUUGAGGAGAGCUCCAUUCUUCAGUUUGACCUGAUGCAGCUGAAUCCACAUGAAUCAUGUUGACAGCAGUGGGAAUUUAAUGAAGAUCUUUCUGUCUGCAAGACAAAUCCCUUCAACCCGAACAGCGAACACGCACCUAGAAAACAGUGAGUUGUGUCUCUGCUGCUGUCAGAAGUGAGUUUAGCCUCAUUAGAAGAAAGAGGAGAUGUGAAGCAUGCAGCUCUUCCUGGCUCUCUUCUUCCUGCUGGGAAUCCCCAGCGGGGCUCCAGAAAUUCACUCUCUCAAGUAUUUCUACACUGGAUCCUCUCAAGUUCCAAACUUUCCAGAGUUUGUUAUGGUUGUUUUGGUGGAUGAACUUCAGAUUGAGCACUACGACAGCAACACCAGGAGAUUGGUUCCCACACAGGACUGGGUCAAUGAAGCAGUAGACUCACAGUUCUGGGACAGAAACUCUAAUCUCGCUCUGGAACAUCAGCAAUGGUUCCAACCAAACAUUGAGCUCCUCAAGCAGUGCUUCAACCAAACUGGAGGUGUUCAUAUUCUCCAGAAGAUGAUCGGUUGUGAAUGGAACGAUGAAACUGAUGAAGUGAACGGAUUUCGACAAAUUGGUUACGAUGGAGAAGAUUUCCUCGUUUAUGACCUGCAGACAGAAACAUGGAUCGCUCCAGUUCAACAGGCUGUUCCCACCAAACACAAGUAUGAAAAUAACAAAGCACAGAUGGCUCAUCAUAAAUACUACCUGACCCAGAUUUGUCCUUAUUGGCUGAAGAAGUAUGUGGAGUUUGGUCGGAGCUCACUGAUGAGAAAAGAUCUUCCCUCAGUGUCUCUCCUCCAGAAGACUCCCUCCUCUCCGCUCACCUGCCACGCUACAGGUUUCUACCCCGACAGAGCCGACUUGUUCUGGAAGAAAGACGAGGAGGAGCUCCAUGAGGACGUGGUCAGAGGAGAGAUCCUCCCCAACCAUGACGGGAGCUUCCAGAUGAGCGUUGAUCUGGAUCUUUCAGGGGUCAAAGAUGAAGACUGGGGGAGGUGCAGCUGUGUGUUUCAUCUGGCUGGAGGACAGGAAGUCUCCAAGAGACUGGACAAACGGGACAUCAGGACCAACUGGAAGACAAAUGAUGGAGGACUUUCUCCUGGAGCUGUUGCUGGAGGAGUUGUUGCUGCUCUGCUCCUCCUGAUCGGCUGCAUCAUUGGACUCUUCGUUUACAAGAAGAAACAACCUCAAGGGUUCAGAGCCACUAACACCAAUGAAACUUCCUGAUGAAGACAUCAGGAGAAGAUCCAUCCGUGAAGAAAGGGAGCAGCGAGGAGCAGAGCAUGUUAGAAACCUCUUCAUGAAAGGAAGAGUCCAGAGAGGCUCCAAUCAUUGAGUCUGAUGGAGCAAGAGCCAAAAGAAAUGAUGGAGAAGUUGCUGAUUGCUCCACUGUGAGCUGCUCUCCAGGACGGGGCUCCUUCCUCCCUGUGGACUGACUUUGCUCUGGUGGAAUCUUGCUGCAGCUUGUGGCUCUUUGAGUGUGUUUGGAUCAGAUGUUUUGGAGGAGGAGGCUCCUGCAGCAGUUCUCACACUGGCCCAGUUUACAUGGGUGUUUUUUCAAUCUGAUUGAAAACAAUUGUGUUUAACGCAUUUAUAUACAUGACGGCAUACAAAACGAUCCACGAUGAAUCCUGGUUUACAAGGACCCUGGGUCAAGCAGAUUAUAUGGCGUCCUCUGACAUGCGCACAAAGUCUCUGGAGGAACUUUCAGGUCUUUAGUUCUGCAGCAGCAGUCCUCAGCGCCCAGCAGAGUGUUUUUAUCUGCUGGAUAUCUGCUCAAAUAAUGUCCCAACAUCUCCAUGAUAAGCUGCUCAAGGAGCGAGCGCUCCGCUGGCCGGAGUCCCGCCCCACCGAGCAGCUCCUCUCCGCCUGCCGAUGUUUCGAAUUAACAGGUUUCUGUGUUUAAUUUUGUCCAACAGAUGUUAAAAACCCGAAUGAAACUUGCAGUCGUUCUAGCGAACGUCGGUUUUCUCCAGUUACAGUAAAUUUAGAAGUUUAGAGUCUUUUGUUAUCAGCAUGUGUUUACACAGAAAUCUGUCACUUGUCAACAAGGGAACCAGUUAAUCCAUAACACCAGCCGGGCGGUCCUCCAGUAGUCUACCAUGGAGUUCUUUGAACAACUGGCUGUUGAGCAAUUUGCGAUCACCUCUCCUCUCCAGUGUUUGUUCUCUCAGGGUUUUUAUUAAAAACUGUUUCUCAGCCACC